GUGGCGCAACAACGUCACUUCCGCUUGUUUGGGAGGCUCGAGGAACGAGGACGCUUCCGUGCGUUUACGCUCGAUAUUUACUUCGGAUGGACCCUGUAAAGUAAUAAAAACAACCAUUUCGCGUCCCCCAACGAUUUGCACGAGGCAUCGAGCCGUUCUGUAAACGUAAACAAAAGUUUAACGGCGCUGUUUUCGAUCCUCGACUUAAAAACAAAGUGGAGAAGUUGAGGGCUGUGGGGAAUAAACCACAAGUGAAAACAAGCAGGACCAUAUGAAACUUCCGCCAGAAAAUGGCUACGCCGGCUGUAGUUUCCACGGAUGGAGCGAGCUCCAGUACUCCUGGAAAUCGAAAGAUGGCUUCUUCAGAGCUUCUAAGCAUCUCUGGUUCAUCCCAGACAAACAAAAGGACCAUGGGCCACCGAGGAAUUGACCCCACUGGCGAAACUACAUAUAAAAAGACAACAUCAUCUGCUCUGAAAGGUGCUAUUCAGCUGGGGAUCACACACAGUGUGGGAAGCUUGAGCCAGAAGCCAGAAAGAGACGUGCUUAUGCAGGAUUUCGAAGUGGUAGAAAGCAUCUUCUUUCCCAGUCAAGGCAGUAACUCAACUCCAGGUCAUCACCAUGGUGACUUCAAGUUUAAAACUUACGCUCCUAUUGCAUUCCGCUACUUCAGAGAGAUGUUUGGGAUCCGACCUGAUGACUACCUGUGUUCUCUUUGUAGUGAACCCCUUAUUGAGCUGUCUAAUCCUGGAGCGAGCGGGUCUCUCUUCUACGUAUCUAGUGAUGAUGAGUUUAUCAUUAAGACGGUACAACACAAAGAGGCAGAAUUCUUGCAAACACUCCUGCCAGGUUACUUCAUGAACCUGAACCAGAAUAUGCGUACGCUACUUCCCAAGUUCUACGGCCUCUACUGUGUUCAGGCUGAGGGGAAGAACAUCCGAAUUGUAGUGAUGAACAACCUGCUGCCACGUGCUGUACCCAUGCACCUUAAAUUCGACCUGAAGGGUUCGACAUACAAGCGACGUGCUUCGCCGAAAGAGAGGGCUAAAGGUGUGCCCACGUACAAAGACUUAGAUUUCAUGCAGGACAUGCCUGAGGGCAUAUUGCUGGAGAAUGAUCACUACAACGCCCUUUGCCGGACCAUUCAGAGAGAUUGUCGGGUACUACAAAGCUUUAAAAUCAUGGACUACAGUUUGCUGGUGGGUAUACACAACUUGGACCGGGCAGGUGAAGAGGCAUCUACCGCAGUGCCCGAUACCCAGAAAAAGGCACCAGGCCAGAAGCCCCUAUACUGUACAGCCAUUGAGUCUAUUCAAGGGGAGACCAAGGGCAAGACUUCACCACAGCCCUACGAAAGCAUGGGUGGAAUUCCAGCAUUUAAUUCAAGAGGAGAAAGAUUGCUGGUUUUCAUUGGCAUCAUUGAUAUCCUUCAGUCUUAUAGGCUUGUAAAGAAGUUGGAGCACUCGUGGAAAGCUCUCCUGCAUGAUGGGGACACUGUAUCUGUGCACCGGCCGAGUUUCUACGCAGAUCGUUUCCAGAAGUUUAUGUGCAGUACAGUCUUCAAAAAACCUACUUUGAAAACGUCACCCUCAAAGAAAAGUCAAAAAGGAACAGUGUCUGGUGGGAAGAAGUCAAACACUGCAGUAUCUGGACUAUCACAACAACUAUCCAUUCCUGUAGCAGCAGAACAAACACAGCCACAACAGACUACAGCGCAGCUAUCCGGCAGUGGAGCUGUGUCCCUCAGCCUAGACACUCAAGGAGAUACUGGUGUGCAGACUGCUCAUCCUGACUUGCUCCCACAACAGCUCAAUGAAGAUGAGAUCACAAGUAGCUCAGCAGAUACGACCCUGUCGGCAACCUCUCCAGUAAGCUCUCGGCCUUCAAACACUCCAGUUCUGAGUCGUAGCAGUAUAGCUGCCCAAUCAUCCGGGGAAAGUUUGGAUGUGGAAGUCAUUUCACUCAGUGAGAUUGUUCCUCGGACAAGCACGUCAGAAUGAAAGACUUUGGAUGAACAGGACAAAAUAAAGCCCUCAAAGGACAAAGAUUUACUCUCUUUUAAAGACAUCAGAAAAAAAUUAAAAUUGGACUUGAUGUAUACAACUGUGGAAGUGGAAACCAGCGAAUCUGGACAACAAAAGAGAGAAGUGCACAUGUUCAUAAAACUGUAAAGACGUAAGGGUAAAGAGAUCCCCCCCCUCGCCCCUUUUUCUAUAUGUAUUUUUUGGAUGUCACCUAUACAGCAUCCAAUAUUGCUGCUAUGAAAUGGAACCAAAAGAAAGAUGCCACUGUAGUACCUCAACAGUGUGAUAUCACUGUUCUCAAGCAGUGCCAUAUUUACAAGACCUUCACAGCAGAAGUAAAGUGAUGAGAACUUUGUAUCACGUGACCCACGCUCGGAGCACAAACAGGUCUUUUAAGUACCUCGGUGAGAGUUUUCUAGUGGACUUCAUUUGACCAUGCAUCUUUUUUUCCUCUUAGUUUGCCAAGGAGACCAAUCUACAGGAGUCAUGUUAUUUACUUUGCUAAGGGAAGAAAGGAAAUCUGGUUGAUUUUUGUGUUUUUAUUGCCUAUUUUAAAGACAUUUUAAGAAGAUGGCAUGAUUACCAAAAACAACAACAAAAAAAGAAAACAUGUAGGAUGAGUCAAUCCAGAUCAGGUUGCCUGAACAAUCACGUAAUAAGACACUUUCAAAUCCGAAUCUGUAAAAUGCAUUCAGCUUGGUUUUACGAAUCGGUUCGAUUGCAGUACUGUGAUAUUGUAUUAGUUAUUUAAACGUGCCUUAAUCACAACAGUUAUUUUGCCUUGUCAUGAACAGGAAGCUUUUUACAGUGCAUGAUGCCUGCGAGUUGUGCACAGUUGCAUGGUCUCCUCAAGUGUGGAAAAACAAAAAAAAAAAGUGUAUCAGUCAGUCGACUUGACUUAUCAUAAACUUAUGUUAAAAAAACAAUUUGGAGCUUGCCAAGAAAAUGUUUUCCUACUUUUAUUUGCUUUACAAACGAGAGAGAGAGAGACAAAAGCAAACACAGGGUAAGAUGAUCACUUUUGCAACAGUGAAAGAAAUAUUAUAUACCAUAUAUAAAAGACCAAAUUCAGUAUUUUGGCUUGCGGGACUAAUUUUACGUUUUUUUCUUUGUUUAGGAUUGAAUUUAAAAUGCUUGUUUUUUAGGGCACAAUAAUACUUGGCAGACUAGCUACUGUAAAACUUAUAACAUCUGUACUGUCUUCAGUAUCUUGUGUUUACAUAAACUGGGUAGAAUAGGAACUUCUCUUAAGGCCUCGGUUUUGUAAAGUGAACUGAAAUCAAACUAAACUAAAUCCUUAACCAAAACCUUUUUUUUUUUUUUUAUCAUUCUUUUAAAACAUGUUCAUGCUAAUCUGUCAGUCUGAAUGCAGAGAUAUUGGUAAUGAAUAUAUAAAAUAUUUUUAAAUACAGAUAGGUAGAGUUAAGUAAGGGAGCAUUGCUGGAUCUUUUCCUGUGACGAUUUUUAUAAGCAAAAGAAACAUUCCUGUACAAAGUCGUAUUUAUUUGUAUGUUUGCAUGUAAUUUAUUUCUUUAUCUCAACUUCCAAAGAGUGUGAUACCUGGUGGCUGUGUAAAUUUGUUUGGGAAGGUAAAUGCGUUUUUUUUUUUUUUUUUU